UUUCUUUUAGAGACUGUGGUACAUUUUCUGAGAGAUUUAAGGCCUGCAGACCUUCUCCGGGUUCUAUUCACAGUUGCACUAUUCUGGAUAUAAACAUGUCGGGGAUGAAUAGUGAUCAGCUGCAUCGCUCCACCUUGGGGAUUUACUCGAGCUUGAUGAAUGAGUUCAACCCAAGUCUACAGAAACUGGUUUCACUGGGAAACAGUUACGUCCAAGCUUUCAGACUGCCAGCUCUUGCUGCGGCAAGCGAUGCUUACUUCAAUGCGCUUUCAAAGAUUGGGGAGAAAGCUUUCCACACAGUGUCUUCACGCUCCAUAGGAGAUGUCCUGAUUCAGAUUUCUGAGCGUCAGCGAAGACUCACCUUAGAACUAGAGGGAGUGUUCCGCUGGUUUAGUAUGGAGGUUCUUGAGGCCCUGAACAAUAACAUCCGAAUAGACAGAGAUUAUUUAUCGAGCAGUAGGGAGACAUAUGAGAUGGAACUCCGCAACCAGGCAGCAGCUCUGGAGAGACUGAGGAGGAGAAGCAGCCAGGCAUAUCCUCAGGGCGGUGGCAAUGUGGAAUAUGUGGAAUUCCUCAAGGAGAGUUAUAGCCAGGCUCUGCAGGAGGAAGAGAGGAGAUACCGCUUCCUGGCUGAGAAACACUGUGGCAUGACACAGUCCAUCGCCAAACUCAUGAAUAAGAAUGCGGGAACUCUCCAGCAGGAAAUCUGCUGCUGGACAGAAGAGGUCGAUGCCACCAGACGACCUGAGGCCCACAGACCUGCUAUUCCGGACAACAGUGUGGGAAUGAAGGAGGAGGAGAUCAGAAGGAGCAGAGAUGAGGUGCCUCUUGGCAAAAUACCAUCAAGAGCCCCGUCUCCAGACGGAAGUGUUUUUCUUGGAGCAGACUCAGCAGGAGGUGGUGGAGGACGAGUCAUGAGGGCCCGGGUGGCCCAUCAGCCUGCUGGCUCCAACCCCACCUUGCUGCCCUUCACCAGGGGACAGAUAACUGUGCUGGUCCAACAGCCCAGGAACGGCUGGCUGUUUGGACGUGCUGACAACAGCUCACGUCAGGGAUGGUUUCCAGCCUCAUUUGUGGAACCAGUGGAUGAUCUACCAAUGUCACCUAUUCCCAGCAGACCCACUCAAAGAAGCAACAGCACCAUGAGCAGCCAGCUCGACCAACCAGGACUCAGCAGUCAGGGUGGGGCUGCACCCCCUCCUCCUCCUCCACCACCACCACUGCAGUCUCCAUCUUUGAGUAAAAAUGCUAACAUGCCGCCAGUUGCACCAAGUCUUGACAAAAGGGCUAUGUCUAAUUCAGAAAAGAAGAGAUCACAACCGAAUGACGCCCGACCAGAACUCUUCCCAAAGGGUACCAAUCCGUGCACAGUUAAGCUGAAGCCCACGUCCACCAAUGACAGAUCAGCUCCACGUCUAUAUCGCAGAUGA